UGACAUUGGGUUUAUUUUGAUAGGGGUUCUGGAAGCCAUCCCACAUCUGUCUUCUGGCCUUGGGCUGCCCCAUAUGAAGGCUGCCCUCCUCUGUGCCCAGUGGUCCCCAUGAGGGCUGAGGAGGACACUGGUUAGGGCCCAGGUGGGCUGUAAUCACCGGAAGAGUUGCUUUCUCCCUGCAGGAUCCUGCCCCCUCCCCCAGCACUGACAAUCAGCCCACAAAUGCCGGGUCACGAGGGUGUGAUGGUCAUGUGGACAGACGGCGCAGGGACCAGAGCAGUGACAUCCUGGGUCAGGGCAGGGAUCAGAGUCACCGAGGUGGACUGGCUGAGCCAGAAGAACGGUGCUGCCCACCACACCCAGGAGUACCCUGGCCCUGAGCUGGUGGUUCGCAGGGGCCAGGCGUUCACCUUGGUGCUGGAGCUGAGCAGACCCCUGAAGGACCAGGAGACCAUCAUCUUCACGGUGGAGACAGGACCCCAGGCUUCUGAGGACCACCACACCAAAGCUGUGUUCCAGAUAUCGGAGCCAGAAGUGGACAAGACCUGGACGGCUGUGGAAGAGGCUCAGACGGAGAACACCGUGACCGUCAGCAUCGCCAGCCCUCCCAACGCUGUCAUCGGCCGCUAUCUGAUAAGCACCAGGGUCUCCUCUCGCCGAAAACAGAAUGACCGGAAGCUUGGCGAAUUUGUUCUCCUUUUCAACCCGUGGUGCCCAGAGGACGACGUGUUUCUGGACUCAGAGGAGGAGAGACAGGAGUACGUGCUCAAUGACAGCGGGAUCAUCUUCCGAGGCGUGGAGAAGCACAUCCGAGCCCAGGGCUGGAACUACGGGCAGUUCGAGGAGGAUAUCCUGAACAUCUGCCUCUCCAUCCUGGACCGAAGUCCUCUUCACCAAAACGACCCUGCCACCGACGUGUCCCGCCGCCACGACCCCAUCUACGUCAGCAGGGCCAUCAGUGCCAUGGUGAACAGCAACAAUGACCGGGGCGUGGUUCAAGGCCAGUGGCAGGGCAAGUACGGAGGCGGCACCAGCCCCCUGCACUGGAGUGGGAGCGUGGCCAUUCUGCACAAGUGGUUCAAGGGCAGGUUCAAGCCAGUCAAAUACGGCCAGUGCUGGGUCUUCGCGGGAGUCAUGUGCACAGUCCUUAGAUGCCUGGGGAUCGCCACCCGGGUCGUGUCCAACUUUAACUCGGCCCAUGACACGGACAGGAACCUGAGCGUGGACAAAUACGUGGACUCCUUCGGGCGGACGCUGGACGACCUGUCAGAAGACAGCAUGUGGAAUUUCCACGUCUGGAAUGAGAGCUGGUUUGCCCGCCAGGACCUGGGCCCGUCUUACAAUGGCUGGCAGGUUCUGGACGCCACCCCCCAGGAGGAGAGCGAAGGCGUGUUCCGGUGCGGCCCCGCCUCCGUCACCGCCAUCCGCGAGGGCGACGUGCACCUGGCGCACGACGGCCCCUUUGUGUUCGCGGAGGUCAACGCGGACUACAUCACCUGGCUGUGGCACGAGGAUGAGAGCCGGGAGCGGGUGUACUCGGACACUAAGAAGAUCGGGAGGUGCCUCAGCACCAAGGCCGUGGGCAGCGACUCCCGCGUGGACAUCACCGGCCUCUACAAGUACCCGGAAGGGUCCCGGAAGGAGAGGCAGGUGUACCACAAGGCCGUGAGGAAGCUGUUCAGCGUGGAAGCCUCUGGGAGGAGGACCCGGGUCCGCAGGGGGGGCGGCCGUGGUCUUUGGCGCGACGACCUCCUGGAGCCCGCGGCCAAGCCCAACAUCACCGGCAAGUUCAAGAUGCUGGAGCCGCCCAAGCUGGGCCACGACCUGAGCCUGGCUCUGUGCCUGGCCAACCUCACCUCCCGGGCCCAGAGGGUCCGAGUCAACCUGAGCGCUGCCACCAUCCUGUAUACCCGCAGGCCGGUGGCCGAGAUCCUGCACGAGUCCCACUCGGUGCGGCUGGGGCCAGAAGAAGAGAAACAGAUCCCAAUCACAAUAUCUUACUCUCAGUAUAAGGAAGAUCUGACAGAGGACAAGAAGAUCCUGUUGGCUGCCAUGUGCUUUGUCACCAAGGGAGAGAAGCUCCUGGUGGAGAAGGACAUCACUCUGGAGGACUGCAUCACCAUCAAGGUGCUGGGCCCCGCCGUGGUGGGGGUGGCGGUUAUGGUGAAAGUGACGGUGGUCAACCCCCUUCUGGAGAGAGUGGAGGACUGUGUGCUGAUGGUGGAGGGCAGUGGCCUUCUCCAGGGACAGCUCAGCAUCGAUGUGCCCAGCCUGGAGCCCCAGGAGAGGGCCUCGGUCCAGUUCAACAUUACCCCAUCCAAGAGCGGCCCACGGCAGCUACAGGCGGACCUCGUCAGCCCCCACUUCCCGGACAUCAAGGGUUUUGUGGUCAUCCACGUGGCCACAGCCAAGUGA